ACUGCGAACAAGUGUAGAAGAAGAGACGCGCAUGCGCACAGCCUGCUCAGUUGAUUAUAGGAGAAGCCAAUAUGGAGGUGUUUGUGAGCUUUCAGAGUUUCAGGUUUUCUAACUUAAAGUUUCCAGAAGGUUCUGUGGUCAGAGAUGUUCUGCAGCGGUUUCCUCUGGUCCAACGGGGAGUCUCUGCUCAGGAUUUCUACAUCAUCAGAAAUGGCAGACUGUCUGACCUGGAGGAACCCCUGCAGCAUGGAGCUGUCUAUCACCUGGAGCCCCGCCUCUGUGGAGGGAAAGGAGGGUUCGGCUCCAUGCUGCGAGCACUGGGCGCUCAGAUCGAGAAGACGACGAACCGUGAAGCCUGCAGAGACCUCAGCGGGCGCCGACUGCGAGACGUCAACCACGAGAAAGAGAUGGCGGAGUGGCUGAAGAAGCAGGCGGAGCGGGAAGCGGAGAAGGAACAACGGCGCCUGGAGCGUCUACAGAGGAAACUGUCCGAACCCAAACACCAAUUCACUGAUCCAGAAUACCAGCAGCAGUGCCAUGACCUUUCAGAGCGGCUGGAGGACUCUGUGCUCAAAGGUCUGCAGGCCGCCUCCAGCGGCCAGGUGCAGGUGGACGAGGUCUCUGUAGCGAAGAGACCAAACCUGGACCAGAGUGAACAGCCGCAGAAGAAGAAAAAGAAGAUGGAGGCAGCGGCAGCAUGUUUCUGGACAGGCGUGGAUGAGCUUCUGAGCUCAGAGGACGAAGAUGAUGACUCUCCAUCCACGUCAUCCUCCAACUGUGGAGCUGCUGCCCUUACUGUGAUGACAAAGGAUGAGACUCCAUCCUCCACCAGCUGUGCAACCGCUGUCACCAUGACGACACAGAGACAGGAGGUGGAGCCUGAGCAGAACAGCAGCUCAUCUCCUGCUUGUGACCGCAGCUCAUCCUCCACCCAUCAAACCGCUGGACCCUCAGAGGAGCAGAGGCCCUCAGAGUCCCCCCAAGACCAAACCGCCGGACCCUCAGAGGAGCAGAGGCCCUCAGAGUCCCCCCAAGACCAAACCGCCGGACCCCCAGAGUCCCCCCAAGACCAAACCGCCAGACCCCCAGAGUCCCCCGAAGACCAGACUGCCGGACCCUCAGCGGAGCAGAAUCCACAGGUUUCUGGACCCUUGGAGGUGUCCAGCUGUUGGUCUCAGCAGCAGCAGCAGCGGGGCGCUGCCCUGGACCUGUCCUCUGUGGUGUCUGUCCACCAGCUGGAGGCUCUAGGUCUGGAUGCCCUGAAGGAGGAACUGAUGCUUCGAGGGCUGAAGUGUGGGGGAACGCUGGCGGAGCGCGCUGCCCGGCUCUUCUCCAUCAGGGGCCUGACCCCAGAUCAGAUCGACUCGGCACUGCUCACCAAACCAGGCAAGAUCAAGAGGAAGUGAGCAGGUCAGAGGUCACGCCUCUAAAGGAACAGUCCGGCUUUUCUUUAAUUGGGCAGGUUUUCUAAAAACAUGCACCUGUUCCACCAACACAGCGGGCGGGACAGAUGUUUUCAGCUGCAGCCAGUCUUGUCCUUGGAGCUGUUAAAGGUGCAGACGGUCACGUUGUGUAGCUCAUCCCACUAUGGCACCAGAGAAUGUGGAGGACUCAGUGUAACAUGUGAGACCAGAGCCUGGUUUAUUGGUCUGUGCAGUAGACCACUGUUGUCCAGAAACUACUGAACACACCCCAGUGUGUGUAUAACGGUGUUUAGACAGCAGAGGUCUCGCAUUCUCUGGUGCUGUUGUGAGAUGAGCUACACUACGUCACCGGCUGCACCUUCAGUGUUGGACACAAACGUUUUAACCCGGUGACCAGUUACAGCCUGAUGGCAGAGAGCUGUGGCCUCAAAGGUCACAUGCCCCUGCAUUAAGCCUCUUCAUUGGCUGAGCAUAAGACUGAAACUCAGCUUUCUUGAGGUUUUGAUGCUCAGCUGAUCUUCUGAAACAUGACUUUGAGAUUUUUGCCAGGGUUUUUAUUUGAGGCCUUGGCAAAACCAGGAUUUCACUGAUGUUGCUGAAAUUGAGUUCUGUCAUAUUUAGGAACAACAGUCCUGAUAUAAAAAGCUUGUUCACAUUUUGUCAAAUGAUUUCUCUUCAAUUAAAGUGUUUAUGAAACAAAA